GUCGCCGUCGUCGGUUCCGGAGUAACAGGACUAUCUAUUGCGCUUGCAUUAUCAAGAACAUACGACGUUACUAUCAUUGCCAGAGACCUGGUAGGUGACAAUGAAUCGCAUGGAUGGGCUUCGCCUUGGGCUGGUGCUGGCUGGCGUCCACAUAUUGGUACAUCCGAUGAAGACAUCGAGAUGCAAAAACAGUCAUUCAGGUAUAUGUGGAAGCUGGCAGAAACAGAUCCGGAAUCUGGGCUGAAACGCAUCAAGAGCAUCGAUUAUUUUGACCAAGUGAUGGACGUAAGCCAAGUUUGGUACAAGGAAUUCAUGCCCAGUUGCAAGCAAAUACCUUCUACCGAGCUUCCUCGGGGUGUCACUCUGGGCUUUGAGUAUAGAACUGUCGUCGUCACUCCUUUGACCUAUCUUGAAUGGCUCAAGAACCGUCUCUCGUCUUCCGGUACCAGUUUCGUACGGAAGGAGCUGACACACAUCUCUGAAGUAAGGGACAUUGUGCCGCAAGUUGAUGUCGUAGUAAACGCCAGCGGUGUGGGUGCUAAAUAUCUCGGGGGUGUAGAAGACAUGCUGGUGGAAGAGUCAAGGGGACAAACAAUGCUAGUCCGAACGAAGGAAACCACUGUCAUAUGCCAAAGGUGUGGUGACCUGUACGCAUACUCUAUUCCUCGAUUGGACGGCACCGCUGUCAUUGGUGGAAUAAGCCAACCAGGAAACACCUCUACAGUGCUGGAUCCAGCUUUACGAGCCGAAAUCCUUCGUCGUGCCCGCCUAAUCACUAUCCCUGGAGCCUACCCCGAGAGAGUGGAAGAUCUCGAUACUGUUGAGGAAAUGGUGGGUAUUCGACCUGGAAGGAUAGGUGGUGUAAGGGUCGAGAAGGAAGUGCUUGUGGUCGGGAUGAAGGUUGUACAUGCAUAUGGAGUGGGUGGGACAGGAUACAAAUACUCUGCGGGAGUAGCCAAGAGGGUCGCUGGCCUAGUAGAUGAUUUUAUCUACGGAGAUGAGGUAGUCAUGUAA